UAUACGAAGGACUCCGGAUAGACAACGAGUAUCAUCACGUCAAGGACGUCCAGGUGAAGCCGACGAACUCCUGCCGUCAGACAGUGCCACCCUUUUUCGAAACCGGCUCGACGUCUCGUCAAAAGUCGUGGGAAUGCGGAAGCCGGUGCUUUGAAGCCAUUCCAUUCUCGACCACAACUACAACGGCACUUUUUCCUGUUACAAUUCGGCCAUCUACUUCCAAUCCUUCUCUGUCAUUGUUGCUGAAUAGCAUCAGUGCCAUGGCGAAGCCCUCCCAACCUCGUCGUUAUCCUUCCGGUGCAGGCAUUGACCCUCAACUGCAACUCCUGCCUAUUUUGACACCAGUCUACUCGUGCAUUGACCUUCUUGUGAAGUGAUGCCCUCGGCCGCUCUCCUAUCGAGGUGUUCCUGGUGUAAAAAUAUCAUACGGAGAUGCUGGGAAGACUGAUACAAGGAUACUCCAGAGGCGGGCAGCUGGAGAGCGCAACCGACGAGACUCACACCCGCACUCUUCUCUGGCCAGAGAUCUCUCCCGACGCACGUUAUGGCUCUCUCUCACCGCCUACCACUCCAUUUGGCUCGCCAAAUGUUCGCGCCUCGCCUUUUGACGAUCGAAUAGGCUUGGACCUGAAUCAGACCAAAGAUCUGAGAAUCAUUAUCGCUCAAGAUGCAUUUGGCACGCAUGACCGCCCUCUGCUCCUCUACGAUACCGCCACCGCCGAGUUGAUCUCUGAUGCCGCUCUCCCUACAAGGCAGCAUGCCUCUCCGUUCGCCAACGACGCGACAUCCAGACCCGAACACAGUCCGCCAGUCACGGGCCAUAUGAGAAAUAGAAGCUCUACAAUUUCUGGGUCGACGGCGUCAUGGGCUCGCCCCAAUAAAGAGUCUGAACCGACAGACCAUCUCAGCAAUAUCCUGGACUGCAUGUUUGGAGUUACCAGUGCCACAAAGUCAGGAUCAAGCACCAAGAUACAUGUUUUGCCAGGAGAUCAUACUGCUACCAGUGGUCCCACUGCUAGAACACCAACCUCGAAUGCUCCCAAUGCAGCUGCAGUCCGAGCCCCUCUGUUACGAGCAAAGACUUCCAUAAACGCCGCCACUACUCACCGUCAGAGUGUAGCGCCCAAGGGAUCCGAGGUCGAAGGUCGAGACUCCAUCUUGAUCACUCGGAUGUUCCCCGUCACAUUACCCGAAACUAAGGAUGAUCUGAGACAGCAUCGAAGCUCUUCAGCAGGGCAGAGUGACGUCGCAAGUCCAACAACGCAUGGCCGAGAACUACCUGAGGGUCAAGCUAACCAGGGAAAGAAGCCCAAGCUUGUGGAAAAAAAGACUCCAGUCUAUGCGAUUGGAUUGCUGUUCUAUAUAUCGCGGUCUAGCGAUAAUCGCCCGGGCACUUCUUCCACCCGUCCAGCCUCCAGGGCUUCUUUCACCGGAGCGUCCGCCCCUGGUUCUUACGGAUCCGAUGCCUCUUGGACAUUCCUGAAUGCAAUUCCUGAGCACCUAACAUCUCCAGAAGCAACCGGUCAGCUGACCGAUCGAAGCAUGGACAUAAUUGUGCAAAAUUGGGAUGUGAUUUUGAGAAGCCUUUCUGUUGUCGAACGGGCUGCUCAUGUUGAGAUUGGUGAUCUGUUACAGGAGGUGAACUUGGCCAUGAUUUCUUCAGCCGCAAAAGCUCCAAAAGGUCCCGCAGAGCAGCGUACCAAUCAGCGCAACGUCUAUCUCAGAUGUCCUAAUCUGCUGGCUCAGACCGCGCGUAUGCAUCCGUUGGUGAAACAUGCACUAUGGCGAAUGUCGUACGCCCUACGGAUCCCACGCGUGCUCACUGGAUUCGGUCUCGACAAUGGCGGCCACUGGGUUGAUGAAGCCCGGUACCUCGUCCGUGUUUGCGGUAACAAACAGCAGAAUUUUUUUCUCUUCAAUCUCCUGACUGCUUUUCUUGGGAACCAUACUGAAUGGCUUGAGUGGCUGGGCCCAGACUGGUAUCGGAAACAAAUCAAGUCCCUAAAUAAGGCUCGAACUCCAUCAAGCUGCCUCGCAUCUCGUACCGUUAUUAUUUGCGACAACCGAUCAAUGACACGACGCCUCAUAUUCCUGCUGGCUUCAUUUCUGCCACCCUCGGUGGGAGCCACCGCGCUUGCGAAGGCGGGCGCUGAAUGUAUGGUGCCGAUCCUGACUCCCGACAUAGACUCCUCUUCAGCUGCAAGCAAGACGGUCAAUGGGGCCUCCACGCGUCGUCACAUCCACUCGAAGUCGCGAGAAAGCUCGGUGACUUUUCCGCUUCGGGAGGUAUCCAGCUUGUCCACCAGUGCAUCAUCGACCGACAGUCUUGGAGGACUUCGGAGGGCCUUACCAAGCAGUUCCCGUUCAGUUCUGUCCCGGGCAGACGCCGAAUCAGGAGCCAACAAACCAUUGUCAGUAUUCACACCUGACGGACGCAGCUCAAUGCAGAAAACAAACGCCACAAGUUCGACCGCCACCCCAGGCACUAGUACCCCUGUCCCUCAUUUCUCCACCAAGACCGAUAGCUAUUUCCCUGAUACAGCUGUAGCGGAUGUCGAAGAGACCGGUGCCAGUGCUGACCUGGCUAGGAUUCUUCGAAGGGAUAGCGUCAGUCACUCUCAGGCCGGCCAAUCCAGCAUCAACUGGGGCUCAUUGAUCAGCAACGUCAGUGGGCUGUGGGGUAAAGGGUCAAAUUCGUCCUCUACCAUGAAUCAGGCUCCGACUUCGAUUACCACAGGAAGUCUGAGGGACCGCCGUAGACAUGCUCCCCGAUCUGUUCCCAUACAAACAAGACGGCCGACUCAUCUAGAAAAAAUGGUGGAUGAGGCCAGCAAUCUGCGCGAUACUUCAACGGAAGGCCAAAGUACUGGAGUUAUACUACCUACAAGACCUCCAUCUACGAUUGCCAGCCAAACGCAUCCGCCGCGGCUUCAAGUCGACGAAAAAGAUGGAGUGGUUGACGUCGACAUUUGCCUACCAGGAUUUGUAGGCUGGACGGAGGGGAAAGUUCCUUCACCUGCUUCAUCACUUCGCGUUCGAUCACCAUCCAUCGCUAGCACCGAUGAAGGAGGCUCGUUCUUGAGCCUGCGCUCCAAUGGUACCGAAAGCACGAGUUCAAGUCCACUAAACGUGGCGGGCUAUCUCAAGCGAUAUCAUGAAGAUUUCAUCCUUCAAGGUGUAAAGCCGUAUCAGGAGCUUGAAGAGGAAGUCAGGCAAAGUAUGUCGAGGGAACUUACAAACAGCGAAGAGCUGCGUGGAUCAUUGCCAGAAGAGCGAGAUGGGGAAUUGUGGAUCAAUGUCUGCACCACACUCUUCGCUGACUGCCGGACAUUCACCAUCCGUCGCCUGACUUUGCAGCGUCGAGUAAACCAGGACACGUUCGCAGACAAUAACGUCCCUCACUCCACAGGCAAAUCGGACAAUAUUCCUUCAAAAUCUGGGACGUUGCAAUAUCGCAAAGCCCCCGUGUUUCAAGAUAAUGAUGGCGAGCGGUUCGUGAGCGAGACAGUGAUGGACUUUGACACCACUCUCACUGAUGCGAUCGAGCGGGUCCUUUAUGAGGCAGAGCAGCCGAAACAUAUGUCGGUAACUCCUUCCAGAGCACACUUGAGGACCGUAUCCGCAGCCUCAUCCAUGAGGUCUGAGCCAUUGGAGAUCUCUAGCUCAGGUAAAGCCAGGCACGGGACUCGCACGCCGAUGCUUUUCCGGUCAGACUGCCGACAAGCAGUCGUCGGGGCUUUGGAGGAAGUCGUCAAGAGUGUCAACAAUGACUUGGCGAAGCAUCAUCGCUCGAAAGACGGCAACGGCAAUCUAAAAGUCGAUGGCAAAGCACUGGAGCAAGACAUGAAGCAAGACAAUGUCUUGCGUGAGGGGGUCAAGAAGUGGCUUCUGAACGUUGAGACGAGGAGUGUCUGGUAGACUGCUGCACGACUUGUAUAUAUGAUGACUGAUGAUCACGGUGAGGACUUCGUGAAAUGUGAAGUCCUCUUACCCGCCAAGAUACCCUUUGAGUAGAUGUAUCAUUAGAGAUGCUAGAAGACCGAUGUAUCCUGACUAUACGAGGACACAUCCAUUUGAUAUUAAACUGCAUAGCAGUACUUCACC